AUGAACUUUCUUGGAUUUAGUUUUGGAAAGAAGAAUAAUAAAGGAAACAAGCGCAAGGUUAUUAUACAACAAUCUGAUAAACCGCUUUAUUUGAGUCAUCCUUAUGUGAAUCAUAUGCUUGUUCAAGGAAACUUCAAAACCAUUGUGGAGUUGCCUAAAUAUGUAGACAUGAAUGAGUGGUUAGCAUUUAACACAUUUGAGUUCUUUAAUCAUGUCAACUUGUUUUAUGGAUCCAUCACAACAUUUUGUACACCACAGAGUUGUCCAACGAUGUCAGCAGGAGCAGGAGUAGAAUAUACUUGGACAGAUUCAUUAUCAAAGAAAGCUAGAUUGAAUGCACCACAGUAUAUUGAUUCAAUGACGACAAGCAUUGAGAAUACAUUUAAUGACGAGUCCAUCUUUCCUACUAAAUCGGGUGUAGAAUUCCCCAAAGAUGUUGUGAAUAUCAUAAAGAGGAUGUUUGGGCAGAUGUUUAGACUGUUUGCACAUAUUUAUCAUGAACAUUAUGAUAAAGUACUAAGCCUAAACGAAGAACCACAUUUUAAUUCAUUAUUUGCACACUUUAUAUCAUUUGCAAGAGAAUUUGAUUUAUUAGACAAGAAAGAAUUACAGCCAUUACAAGAAUUAAUCGACAUUAUGCUCAAGAACGGUGUCAUAUCGUAA